GAUAGUCCACAGUGCAUGCAGCAUACGACAUUACGUUCAUUUCAGUGAUAUUUAUAAGCAAAACGAACUCUCAAGCUAUAUAGCUACAGUCUAUUAUUUGCAAUAGUUGUGUGUUAGGAUUGUUGCUAGUUGAAUGGUGGAGGUUAUGGUGUCAGUGAGAGUUUUGUUACUAUGUCUGACGGCCCUCCAGACUGUGUGGGCGAUACCUCUCCCCAUGUUCCUGCCAUUUGGCCCCGACUCUGGAGACACUGAGUUGCAGCGAGGAAAUGAUGUAUCAGCUUCUGUGAAUUUAGCGGCCAAUAUUCCAUUCCUAGGACUGCAGCGGGAGACUAUUACAGUGCACACUGAUGGUGUGUUGGAGUUGGUCAGCAGUGGUGGAACCUCAGCAUCCGUCUAUGCCUUCUCAGCUGAUGCAGACACAACUAGUAUUGGACAUGUCUUCUAUCGAGAGACUACAGAGCUUGCAGUAUUGAACAGAGUCAACGAACUAGCCAACCUCGGCUUUGGUAGCUCUACUGUCUCAAGUGCUUUCAUUGCCACCUGGUUCUACGUCGGCUACCAAGACAACCAUGAUGAUCUAACAAAUACGUUCCAGUGCAUAGUGGCCACUGAUGGAGUAAGAUCCUUCACUGUCCUGAUGUAUGCAGACAACCUCCUACAAUGGAUGACAGGGGAUAGUGAUGGUGGGGUCAAUGGAUUCGGGGGGGACAGAGCUGACGUGGGUUUUAUUGGGGAAGGUUCCAACAUGUUCUUUUUGCCUGGCUCCAACACGGGUGCUGUCCUGGAGCUUGAUACAACCACCAACGUUGGAGUUGGAGGAGUGUGGAUAUUUGAAGUGGGCACCUCGGUAGAGAGACCCUUGGUUGAUGAGUGCUUGCAAGGUCUGAGUAACUGUGACCCUAAUGCCAAUUGUGUUGACAUGGCGAUUGGUUUUGAGUGUGUGUGUCUGCCUGGUUACACGGGUGAUGGCUUGUCUUGCAGUGAGCUUAUGGGCAGUGGGAGUGGCAGUGGCAGUGGCAGUGGUGCAUUCCCUACAGACUUGUGCCGUGGUGUGUACGAUGGCUGCUGUGUAGAGAGCAGCACCACUGACUGUGUCAUCUCCGUGGCACUAGUCAACUGCUCGUGCUCUCAGGGCUGUUUCCAGCGAGGAGACUGCUGUGAGGACAUCCUCACUGCCUCUUGCUUCCCUGAGAUCACUGUUGGUUUCACGGCUUCUUCUGUGCGGGUCCGGGAGAAUGAAGGUCCCCUCGUAUUAUCAGUCAGCAUCAGUGGAGAUUUCCCUGAUCCCAUACAAGUGCAGCCCCUCACCUCGUACUUUGUUUUCUACACACGUGAUGGUUCAGCGGAAGCCCCUGAUGAUUACGACGGUACGGUACAGAUUAUUGAGUUUAGUGGUCCGGGAAUACAGAAUGUUGAGGUGACAAUCAAUGAUGACCAACUACUGGAAUCCUCUGAAAUCUUCACUGGCCACAUUACAGCUGGAGACUCAUUCGUCACGGUGACCCUACAAGAUGUGUCAGUGGAAAUUAUUGAUAGUAACGUUGCCACCAUCUCCUUGGAGGUGGCCGACUAUACCGUAGGUGAGAGUGAGGGGUCUGUGAUGGUGUGUACAGCCAUUACUCAAGGACAGUUGGCUGAAUUAGCUGGUGUUCAACUCACUACCAUGGACGGAACUGCCACUGCACUGUCUGGCUCUGACUACACUGGUGUUAAUCAAUUUCUGAUAUUCUCUUCAUCUGACGUCAGACAGUGUGUGAACAUUGCCAUAGCAUCAGACAAUCUAGUGGAGAGUAGCGAGACCUUCACAGUGGAACUACGUAGCACCAGCGAUGAUGUCACACUUGAUGUAUCCAUGGCAACAGUUACUAUUCUUGAUGGUGAUCGUAUAACUGCCACCAUCUCCUUGGAGUUGGCCGACUAUACCGUAGGUGAGAGUGAGGGGUCUGUGAUGGUGUGUGCAGCCAUUACUCAAGGACAGUUGACUGGAUUAGCUGGUGUUCAACUCACUACCAUGGACGGAACUGCCACUGCACUGUCUGGCUCUGACUAUACUGGUGUCACUGAAGUCCUGAUAUUCUCUUCAUCUGACGUCAGACAGUGUGUGAACAUUGCCAUAGCAUCAGACAAUCUAGUGGAGAGUAGCGAGACCUUCACAGUGGAACUAAGUAGCACCAACGAUGCAAUCACAUUUGGUGUAUCCAUGGGAACAGUUACCAUUAUUGAUGAUGACACAUCUGCCACCAUCUCCUUGGAGUUGGCCGACUAUACCGUAGGUGAGAGUGAGGGGUCUGUGAUGGUGUGUGCAGCCAUUACUCAAGGACAGUUGACUGGAUUAGCUGGUGUUCAACUCGCUACCAUGGACGGAACUGCCACUGCACUGUCUGGCUCUGACUACACUGGUGUCACUGAAUUCCUGAUAUUCUCUUCAUCUGACGUCAGACAGUGUGUGAACAUUGCCAUAGCAUCAGACAAUCUAGUGGAGAGUAGCGAGACCUUCACAGUGGAACUAAGUAGCACCAGCGAUGCAAUCACAUUUGGUGUAUCCAUGGGAACAGUUACCAUUAUUGAUGAUGACACAUCUGCCACCAUCUCCUUGGAGUUGGCCGACUAUACUGUAGGUGAGAGUGAGGGGUCUGUGAUGGUGUGUGCAGCCAUUACUCAAGGACAGUUGACUGGAUUAGCUGGUGUUCAACUCACUACCAUGGACGGAACUGCCACUGCACUGUCUGGCUCUGACUACACUGGUGUCACUGAAGUCCUGAUAUUCUCUUCAUCUGACGUCAGACAGUGUGUGAACAUUGCCAUAGCAUCAGACAAUCUAGUGGAGAGUAGCGAGACCUUCACAGUGGAACUAAGUAGCACCAGCGAUGCAAUCACAUUUGGUGUAUCCAUGGGAACAGUUACCAUUAUUGAUGAUGACACAUCUGCCACCAUCUCCUUGGAGUUGGCCGACUAUACUGUAGGUGAGAGUGAGGGGUCUGUGAUGGUGUGUGCAGCCAUUACUCAAGGACAGUUGACUGGAUUAGCUGGUGUUCAACUCACUACCAUGGACGGAACUGCCACUGCACUGUCUGGUUCUGACUACACUGGUGUCACUGAAGUCCUGAUAUUCUCUUCAUCUGACGUCAGACAGUGUGUGAACAUUGCCAUAGCAUCAGACAAUCUAGUGGAGAGUAGCGAGACCUUCACAGUGGAACUAAGUAGCACCAGCGAUGCAAUCACAUUUGGUGUAUCCAUGGGAACAGUUACCAUUAUUGAUGAUGACACAUCUGCCACCAUCUCCUUGGAGUUGGCCGACUAUACCGUAGGUGAGAGUGAGGGGUCUGUGAUGGUGUGUGCAGCCAUUACUCAAGGACAGUUGACUGGAUUAGCUGGUGUUCAACUCACUACCAUGGACGGAACUGCCACUGCACUGUCUGGCUCUGACUACACUGGUGUCACUGAAGUCCUGAUAUUCUCUUCAUCUGACGUCAGACAGUGUGUGAACAUUGCCAUAGCAUCAGACAAUCUAGUGGAGAGUAGCGAGACCUUCACAGUGGAACUAAGUAGCACCAACGAUGCAAUCACAUUUGGUGUAUCCAUGGGAACAGUUACCAUUAUUGAUGAUGACACAUCUGCCACCAUCUCCUUGGAGUUGGCCGACUAUACUGUAGGUGAGAGUGAGGGGUCUGUGAUGGUGUGUGCAGCCAUUACUCAAGGACAGUUGACUGGAUUAGCUGGUGUUCAACUCACUACCAUGGACGGAACUGCCACUGCACUGUCUGGCUCUGACUACACUGGUGUCACUGAAUUCCUGAUAUUCUCUUCAUCUGACGUCAGACAGUGUGUGAACAUUGCCAUAGCAUCAGACAAUCUAGUGGAGAGUAGCGAGACCUUCACAGUAGAACUACGUAGCACCAGCGAUGAUGUCACACUUGGUGUAUCCAUGGCAACAGUUACUAUUCUUGAUGGUGAUCGUAUAACUGCCACCAUCUCCUUGGAGUUGGCCGACUAUACCGUAGGUGAGAGUGAGGGGUCUGUGAUGGUGUGUGCAGCCAUUACUCAAGGACAGUUGACUGGAUUAGCUGGUGUUCAACUCACUACCAUGGACGGAACUGCCACUGCACUGUCUGGCUCUGACUAUACUGGUGUCACUGAAGUCCUGAUAUUCUCUUCAUCUGACGUCAGACAGUGUGUGAACAUUGCCGUAGCAUCAGACAAUCUAGUGGAGAGUAGCGAGACCUUCACAGUGGAACUAAGUAGCACCAGCGAUGCAAUCACAUUUGGUGUAUCCAUGGGAACAGUUACCAUUAUUGAUGAUGACACAUCUGCCACCAUCUCCUUGGAGUUGGCCGACUAUACCGUAGGUGAGAGUGAGGGGUCUGUGAUGGUGUGUGCAGCCAUUACUCAAGGACAGUUGACUGGAUUAGCUGGUGUUCAACUCGCUACCAUGGACGGAACUGCCACUGCACUGUCUGGCUCUGACUACACUGGUGUCACUGAAGUCCUGAUAUUCUCUUCAUCUGACGUCAGACAGUGUGUGAACAUUGCCAUAGCAUCAGACAAUCUAGUGGAGAGUAGCGAGACCUUCACAGUGGAACUAAGUAGCACCAGCGAUGCAAUCACAUUUGGUGUAUCCAUGGGAACAGUUACCAUUAUUGAUGAUGACACAUCUGCCACCAUCUCCUUGGAGUUGGCCGACUAUACUGUAGGUGAGAGUGAGGGGUCUGUGAUGGUGUGUGCAGCCAUUACUCAAGGACAGUUGACUGGAUUAGCUGGUGUUCAACUCACUACCAUGGACGGAACUGCCACUGCACUGUCUGGCUCUGACUACACUGGUGUCACUGAAGUCCUGAUAUUCUCUUCAUCUGACGUCAGACAGUGUGUGAACAUUGCCAUAGCAUCAGACAAUCUAGUGGAGAGUAGCGAGACCUUCACAGUGGAACUAAGUAGCACCAGCGAUGCAAUCACAUUUGGUGUAUCCAUGGGAACAGUUACCAUUAUUGAUGAUGACACAUCUGCCACCAUCUCCUUGGAGUUGGCCGACUAUACUGUAGGUGAGAGUGAGGGGUCUGUGAUGGUGUGUGCAGCCAUUACUCAAGGACAGUUGACUGGAUUAGCUGGUGUUCAACUCACUACCAUGGACGGAACUGCCACUGCACUGUCUGGUUCUGACUACACUGGUGUCACUGAAGUCCUGAUAUUCUCUUCAUCUGAUGUCAGACAGUGUGUGAACAUUGCCAUAGCAUCAGACAAUCUAGUGGAGAGUAGCGAGACCUUCACAGUGGAACUAAGUAGCACCAGCGAUGCAAUCACAUUUGGUGUAUCCAUGGGAACAGUUACCAUUAUUGAUGAUGACACAUCUGCCACCAUCUCCUUGGAGUUGGCCGACUAUACCAUAGGUGAGAGUGAGGGGUCUGUGAUGGUGUGUGCAGCCAUUACUCAAGGACAGUUGACUGGAUUAGCUGGUGUUCAACUCACUACCAUGGACGGAACUGCCACUGCACUGUCUGGCUCUGACUACACUGGUGUCACUGAAGUCCUGAUAUUCUCUUCAUCUGACGUCAGACAGUGUGUGAACAUUGCCAUAGCAUCAGACAAUCUAGUGGAGAGUAGCGAGACCUUCACAGUGGAACUAAGUAGCACCAGCGAUGCAAUCACAUUUGGUGUAUCCAUGGGAACAGUUACCAUUGUUGAUGAUGAUACCGUGACAGUCUCCCUAGAGAUGGAUGUGUACAGUGUUGCUGAGGAUAGUGGAUCUCUGGUGGUGUGUGCAGUCAUUACCAGUGAACAGCUGUUGUCAGCUGAAACUGUGUCAGUUCAACUCUCUGCCACGGACGGAACAGCUGAGGCCGGUAGUGACUAUUUCCUGGGUACUAUGUCUCUCACGUUCACUGCCAAUGGUCUGACACAGUGUGGUGGUAUCAGCAUCACUCAAGACAGUCGGGUAGAAAAUGAUGAGACCUUCACACUGCAACUGACUAGCUCUGAUCCUGAUGUCACACUGGGUGCUUCAAUGGCAACAGUCACCAUUCUCAAUGAUGAUACCGUGACAGUCUCCCUAGAGAUGGGUGUGUACAGUGUGACUGAGGAUAGUGGAUCUCUGAUGGUGUGUGCAGCCAUUACUGAUGGAGAAAUUGACCCUGGAGUGCUCCUGCCCCUCCAGUUCUCUAGUGUUGUUGGAACAGCUACGCCUGGCUCUGACUACACUCCCGUCAACUCUGCUCAAUUCCUGUCAUCCAUCAAUACCAGACAAUGCGUGAACAUUGCUAUAGCACCAGACAAUCUAGUGGAGAGUAGCGAGACUUUCGUAGUGGAACUAAGUAGCGCCAGUGAUGCCAUCACACUUGGUGUAUCCAUGGGAACAGUUACCAUUAUUGAUGAUGACACAUCUGCCACCAUCUCCUUGGAGGCGGCCGACUAUACCGUAGGUGAGAGUGAGGGGUCUGUGAUGGUGUGUGCAGCCAUUACUCAAGGACAGUUGACUGGAUUAGCUGGUGUUCAACUCACUACCAUGGACGGAACUGCCACUGCACUGUCUGGCUCUGACUACACUGGUGUCACUGAAUUCCUGAUAUUCUCUUCAUCUGACGUCAGACAGUGUGUGAACAUUGCCAUAGCAUCAGACAAUCUAGUGGAGAGUAGUGAGACCUUCACAGUGGAACUAAGUAGCACCAGCGAUGCAAUCACACUUGGUGUAUCCAUGGGAACAGUUACCAUUCUUGAUGAUGACACAUCUGCCACCAUCUCCUUAGAGGAGGCCAACUAUAUCAUAAGUGAGAGUGAGGGGUCUGUGAUGGUGUGUGCAGCCAUUACUCAAGGACAGUUGACUGGAUUAGCUGGUGUUCAACUCACUACCAUGGACGGGACCGCUACUGCACUGUUUGGCUCUGACUACACUGGUGUCAAUGAAUUCCUGAUAUUCUCUUCAUCUGACGUCAGACAGUGUGUGAACAUUGCCAUAGCACCAGACAAUCUAGUGGAGAGUAGCGAGACCUUCACAGUGGAACUAAGUAGCACCAGCAAUGCAAUCACAUUUGGUGUAUCCAUGGGAACAGUAAUCAUCAACAACUCUGACAAUGCACAAGUGUCCUUCUCUCAGGCUGCCGAUAGUGUGAGUGAAGGAACCAGUUUUGUGAGUGUGUGUGUGAGUGUGAGUGGUCCAGCCCUUGCUAUCAGUCUACCAAUAACUAUAGCAACACAAGAAACAGGAUCAGCAAUUGCUGGCUCUGACUUUGUGGCCGAUUCAUUCCCAUUGGUGUUUGACUCCUCCUCCCCCACUGAGAUGUGUGUCAAUGUGGCCCUCCUAGAUGAUACUACUUCAGAGUCUACUGAGUCAUUCUCUGUAGUGUUGGUGUCCCCCCCUCCCCAGGGGGCGCUGUUUGUGGCCCCCCAGACAACCGUCGUUACCAUCACAGACAAUGAUGGAACCCCCGCUGACUGUAGCUUCCAGUUCAUUCAGAGUAGCUACUCUGGACCUGAAAGCGCUGGUUUCUUCUCUGUGUGUGUGCAGCUCGAUGGGAUAACCACGACAGCCACUAGUCUCGUCUUCUCUACCAGAGAUGGAACAGCCAUGGCUGGUAGUGACUAUGUGGCAAGCUCUGUGAGUGUGAACUUUGGACCCUCUCUAUUUGGCAUCGAUGUGCAGUGUCCACGUGUUGAAUUCAUUGACGACAAUUUAGCCGAGCCUGACGAGAGCUUCUUAGUUGACCUUAGUGACCCCCAGGGAGGGUGCUCUAUAAUCACACCCACUUCCACAGUCACAAUAUUCGCUUCUGACGGUGCUGUGGAUCCACUGAUAUCAUUUGAGGGUCCCCUACAGCUGUCACUGACAGAGGGUGGUCCAAGUGCUGAGGUGUGUUUAAGUAUCGACACCCUACCACCACCUGGACAGACUGUCACGGCAACAUACGAUACUGUAGCCAACACAGCCACAGCUGGUGAUGACUAUGUGGACAAGAUUGGAGAGAUCUCCUUCACCUCCACCUCUCCCACUAGAAUAUGUCUACCUCUCGAUAUCAUCGAUGAUUCCUUCUUUGAAUCUAACGAAUUGUUUACCAUCCGACUACAACAAACUGGCCAACCAGAUCAGACUGUUCUGGUUACCAUCAUCAGUGACGAUCCCCUCCCAGCCACCAUUGCUGUGGAGAUGAGUACAUACUCUGUGAAUGAAGAAGACGGCAGUUUAAGUGUGUGUAUUGUGGUCAAUGGAGCUCAACUCACCGCCCCCACAACCAUCACUGUGACAGCAAAUGACAUCACAGCAAAUGCUGGCUUUGACUAUGCUCCCCUCACCACGCUGCUCAUGUUCACUCCGAGUGGGCCAAGACGACAGUGCACCACGGUUACCAUCUUGGAGGAUACUGUACAGGAGGGCACUGAAACAUUCAGCAUCUCACUAACAAGUGGGGACUUCCCGGGGUCAUUGGGUUCACCUGCCAUUGUCUCUAUACUCGACACGCUCGACAAUACUGUUUCAGUCGGCUUGAGUCAACUCAGCUACACAUUCAAUGAGAACGAAGACGCCACUAACUUGAUGGUGUGUGUGGACCUUACAAACAAUGUUGUCAACAGAGAUGUCAUCCUCACGCUCACACUGAGGGCGGGCAGUGCGCUGGCUGGCCAGGAUUUCGUAGCGGAGACUGUUACGGUCACCUUUAGUCCCAUCAACACGGAACCGUUCAUCUGUGAGUUCAUCACUCUCAUCAACGACGUAAUCAACGAACCAACAGAGAUGUUCUUUGCUGACCUGUCAACCACCGACUCAGCUGUUGUGUUCUUCCGUCAGUCUGCCUCUAUUACCAUCAUUGAUGAUGACCCUCCUAUAGUAGCGACGGUUGUUGGAUUCAGUGAUCCUAGUUUCUCUGUGUUGGAGGGGGAGUCCCAGGCCGUUGUCCCUGUGUGCCUCACCAUCUCUGAAGCACCUCUUUCAGGGCAGCUGGACUUCACCGUAUCAACAAUCCAAGGCUCUGCUCUCGAUGGCUCUGACUACAUCGGUGGUGAUCGUAUUGUGUCCUUUGUGUCCGGGGGGGCUACCACGCAGUGUGCUAUGUACACCAUUGUGGGGAAUGACCUCCCUGAAUCCUCUACGGAGAGCUUCUUAGUCUCUGUCUCCGCGGGGGGUCUUCCUGUCACCCUCUCCCCCAACACAGCCACAGUGGUUAUUAUUGAUGAUGAUGAAGUGUCCCCUGGGAUAGUCAUCAUCAACGACACACCGAGAGUGACUCUGGACAGCCCAACCUCCGCUUCUGUGCUCGUAGAUUUCACUCUGCGUAGUGAUGUUGCCUCAGCCUUGUGUCAACUCGGCACCCUUGGACCCGUAGAUUGUUCAUCAAGGACUGUGACCUUCUUUGGCCUGCCACCGGAUCGACAAGAACCAUAUACAUUCAUAGUGACUGCCUUUGAUUCUCAGGGAUUGGAGAUUGCCAACAUAACCAGACAAGUGCGACUAGGGUUCAACAUGGACUGUUCUGUGGUGUUUGUUAAUGCUGCACAAGAGGAUGUGGUUGUCGUGGACGAAGCUGGGUUCGUACAAAUAGAGUGGAAUGAGAUUGGACCAGUCACCGACACUGAGUGUCGUCUCACCAUCAAUGGGGCUGUCGGAGAGUAUGUACCAUGCACAUCUCCCUCUAACCUUGGUAACCUGGUAGCUGGAGUUUAUGCAUUCAAGGUUCGGCCUAAUGGUGAUGCCUGUGCCAGGAGAAUUCGCCGUACCGUUAACUUUACAAUAGAAUGAUCAACAAUGUGUGACAUGUAGCCAGACUCUAUAUAUAUAUAUAUGUAGUGUGCCAUUUUUAGAACAGUCAUUUUAUAUCCCAUCAUACAAUAAUUUAUUAUGUUCAUAAUGUUUUUACAAACAAUCUGUUUUAUUACUAAACACCUGUGAACAACAAAA